CCAGCUGGGCUGAGUUAAUUUCCCCAGCGCUGUGGUCGAAACAUUUCGACCAGCGUCGUUUUGUAUCUAGGCUGUUCCGUAGCCCUUUGUUUCAUUUUGAUUUUGCUGUUUUGACCUCAAAAUGAGUUGAAACAGUGUCGAAAUGAAACAGCCAGCAAAAUUUCACACAGCCCUACUAAGGAACUCCUGUGCUUUAUCAUAAGAGGGAGAGGUGACCAGAAGUGAAGCCUAGAGGCUAUAUGAGCCUGGCUCUUGGGUUGAGAAGUCACUCUAGCCCAGGCUGGGUUUGUGGAAGAAUUUAUCUGAAGCACUAGGAAAAGGAGAAGUUGGGAAUCUAUGAUAGUCUGUCUGAAUUAGAUCACAGUGGGGAGAAGAGUUCCUUUGAGGGAAGGCUCCAGGCUGAUGACUGGGGGCUACAAAAUAUAGGCAGUAAGGUAGCUUUGAGAGGCUCGUAUAGGGUAGCCAACUAGCAAUGGUGGCUUUGGAUGUGUUAUGUACUUUCCGAGUUGAGGGGGGGCAAGAGUUGGUUGGUCAUCUUACUUGUAACAACUUGAUGGUUCUGUCUGUUAGCCAUGAGGUAUGGGGGAAGACUUCUGCAGGGCAGUAAGGAGGUAUUAAGAAUGCCUGGCUAAAGGGUACUCUAGGCUGGGCUGGUUGGUGUGGGGGUAGGCCAAGAUUGAUAACACCAAUUUGGGAGGCAAUGUCAAGGUGUGGUAGGCAAAGACAGGGCAAUACCCUAGUAAGUCAGAAUGCAAAAUAGUCUUGGGGUGGCUGCCAGAGGGCCCCAUAUCUAUCUUUGCAGGUGGCACCCAUUACAAUGCUUAUAUUCACCUUGCCUUAAGCAUAGACUAGCUCUUUGUAGCUUGCUUCUGAGAAGCCUAGCUAGGCUGCCAGGCACCUUCAAAGAUAUGUGGACAAAAUCAACUGCUGCAGUCAGGGGCAUCAGAAGCAAAGUCUUAGCUAAGCUCCUCAAGUUUGGCAGCUUAUACACAAACUUCUUAUUUGUUCUACCUAUAUGGGAAGGCACUCUUCAUGUCUCAGGAUCUUGGGAGAGGAGCAAGUGUUGCUUGACUUCGCUCAGUCCUGUAUCUGCCUUGCGUGAGCUGACCAUCCACAGUACAAAUGCAAUGACAGCUCCACAGAGACACAGCCUCUUUAAUCCUGAACCUCACUACAUCCCAGGAUAUGGGGGAUUUUACCCUCAGUUUCGCUACCAAAUUGGAGAAACCUAUGGCAAAACCACAUCUCACCUGCUCACCGAUCCUAGUAUUCAGAAGAGCCUGUGCUCUGUGCUGGCACCACUGGUGAAGCCAAAGUUCUUAAAGGAUUUUAGUGACAUAAAGCAUCCCUUGAACCAGAUGCUGGAUCGAGACAAAAGUUAUAUUCCUGGCUACACAGGAUUCAUUCCCUACCAAAAAGCACAGGUUGGAAUGUACUUCCCUAUACCAGCACCUGAAUCAAACCCUGCCUUAUCAAGACUUGUUCCAGCAAAGGAACAACAAUUAUUGAUGAACACAGAUACUGGUGACUCCUUAUCAUUAUGUGAGAAGAACAACUUCAUCCCUUGCCAUCCUGGUAUCUGUUUGGCAUGUGGCCAUGGGUGGAAAAGUCUUUCCCGUCCUCCUGGAAAACAACUAACCUCUGAGCAGGAAGAGAAGAAGUCAUCUUGUGACCCUGACAUUGCUUUGGCAUGUGGGCAAGAAAAGAGCCAUGGACCUUGCCAUUCGGAAAUCGCGCUUGCAUGUGGUCAGGGAUGGAACAAUUUUCCCUGCCUCCCUAGAAUCAAAGAGGUAUGGGAGAGAGCUCUGUACCACACUGCCUUUGUAGAGACUGACAAAAUGAAAGUGUGUUCCUUAUUUACAUUGGCACUCUAGAGGGGGUAAUAUAUAUCAAACAUGCUUUGUGUAUUUGUGUAUGUGUAUAGACUUUAUUGAAAUUCAUGUAGUUUGCUGUGUCCGUCUUAGCAAGUCACCCAGACCACUCUGAUAACUAAUAAUUAAACCUAAUUUUAUGGAAAUAAUUAAACCUGAUGUAUGGAAAAGAGGUAUUAUAAAAUACAUUUGAUAUCUCUUGCAAAAGUAAAAAUUUGGUUGAUAAAGAUAAUUGUGUUGACACGAUAUAUUUAAUAUUCCGUAAGUUUUUUGACUCAGUCCUACAUGGCAAAAAUAAAAACAGUCAAAUAUAUAUUCCAGAGGUAA